GGGAGCCGCGCAGGCCCUAUUACGAUCUACAUAUGCGUGAUCGUCAACAGAUUUUAAUACGGUCUUCACUCGACCAUAUCGUGAUCAGUAAACUUGAUGAAAGAACAUAUAAAUCUAAAUCCCGGGAGUUUAGGCCGUGUAGCACAUGAUGAAAGCCGUUCUCAACGAGAAGCCGAGAGCACGCUCUGAGCAGGUCACAUUUUAAGCUCAUUUUAAGCUCAUCUGCCGGAACGAGGCAAAUGAGCUUGAAAUGUGUAAUUUGCUGUACUUGUAUUCGGGGAAAGGUCAGGCAACCGGUUCGGAAAAGUAUUUGGGUCGCGGGACGAAGUAUCACCUUCGCACACUCAGCUGAGUGUGGUCGACUCGACGUUGAGUCGAGUAAUUCACGACUUGAAAUUGGAAGGAAGUAAAGCACACACUGAUACAGACUCUACAUCUAGGUUUCACAAACCCGAAAGAAUGCACCGAAACCGACUGGAGGAAGCGAUAUGGAUCGUGAAUCGGUGUUUUAUUCUGGGUUCCACGUCGAACUUUCUUCCUUCAAGUGAAGCUCCGUUCGUUAACUGGCAGAAUGAAAGAGUAUACCGAAACUGUGUAUGUCAGAAACUAUUGGAAUGUACCAAAUGCAGUACGCCAUGUGUGGUUUGAGUACAUGUAAGGAACCGGGCAGAGUAGGAAAUCUGAUUAGACGGCGGACGAAGGGAGGUAGCGAAACGAUCAUGAAUACGGUCGGUAGCGAGUAUCACCGAACUCCAAUAGAUGGAUUGGCGUCCCUCGAAAGAGAAAUGCGCAAGCUCCACUCACAACACGAGCAAUACUCACGUCAGCCAGCAGUAAGAGAGGGGCGGUGGCUGGCUGUGACGAAGCCGCGAAGCACUGCGGUGCGCUGUGGAUGCAGUCAGCAGUUGACGACGGCGACGACGGAGCGCAGAGAGGACGUUACACUGCGCCCGAGGACACAUGUAUUCCACCUACUUCCGAAGAAACGCACGAAUCUAGUGAGAGCAGAAUGACGGAGAAAACUCCGAAGAAUCACGCGAAACGACAAUGGCCCGUAGAAAAUUUGCGGCCGCUUGAAAGUGACUCUCCAACUCCACGAAAUGAUCGGGUUGAUCACGAAAUGUUGCAGGGGCUCCGUCGACCUUUUAAUUGAAUCCCGUCACCGGAGGAGGCCCUAGGAUUCCCAUCUGAACCGUCAGAUUGGGCAACAAUUCACGGUGGAAUUGACGAUCUAAUUGCCGGUGCCGAAACCAUGCUGCGAUAAUGUCACGCAGGAGGGAGCUCGUAGCAUGCGCUGUGGUUUCGGUUUCUACUCUACGUGGUUCCAACCAAUGCUGAAACCAUAAAUACAGUUCUAUUACAAUUAUUUUGAUCUAAAUUGUUAUACUAGGGAUUUAUCUUUGAGAUCUUUUAACUAGGUAUUGAUCUUU